GCAUAAACAUGAACGACCUUGAUGCAUUCACUAUUUCAUAUAAAGCCAGUUUAUGAGGUUCGAUCUUUUUCAGGUGAAGAAAAGUUAGGCUGGGAAGAGCACGGAUUUGACCGGUUCCUUGAGCAGUGUGUGAAGUGCGAGCAACUCAUACCGGAGCAUCAGAAUGGCGGAAAAAUUGGAUAUAAUACUGCUUGGAGCCACCGGCUUCACCGGCCAGUACGUCUUGAAAGAGCUCCAUAAGUUAACCCGAGCGAAGGGAAGAAAUCUGACAUGGGGGGUGGCGGGAAGAAACCAAAACGGCCUUCGAAAAGCGCUGGCGGAUCUGGCAGCAGAAACAGAAGAUUCCGAAGCGACCAACAGGCCGAUAAUCAUAGCCGACCUGACAGACCCACAAUCCGUCAAAAAUAUGGCAUCCAGAGCUAGGCUGGUGAUCAACUGCUGCGGCCCCUACAGGUUCCUGGGAGAGACGGUGGUCAAGGCGUGUGUCGAGGAAGGUACCCACCACGUCGACGUCAGCGGCGAACCGUAUUACAUGGAAAGUAUGCAGUUCAAGUACAACGAGGAGGCCAAAAACAAGAACAUCUACAUCGUCAGCUCUUGCGGCGUGGACAGCAUCCCCGCCGAUCUGGGGGUGAUAUUUUUGGAGAACAAUUUCAAUGGCACCUUGAACUCGGUGGAGACGUACUUUCAGAUGACGGAGGGCGGUGGGCCCUUGUCGAGGGAACCGGAAAGCAACUACGGUACCUGGGCGUCUGCAGUGCACGAGGUUGGACACGUGAGUGAGCUGAGGCCGCUGAGGACGGAAUUGUUCUCGAAAAAAUUGCCGAAAAUGAAACCGGUGCUCAAGAGGAGAUUUUUGCCAUUCAAAUCACCGAUAGAUGGAAAAUGGGCGGUAUUUUUUCCAGGACCAGAUAGAUCAGUGAUGUACAGAUCACAAUAUUAUUUCUACCAAGAGCAACAUAAAAGACCGGCGCAAAUCCAAACCUAUCUACUGAUCAACGGCUUCAUCACAAUGCUACUUCUGGGCAUAGUCGGCGCUUUCUUCACGACUCUGGCUAGAAUCAAGUUCGGAAGAAAUCUUCUGUUGAGAUAUCCCAGAUUUUUUUCAUUAGGAAUGUUCGCCAAUGAUCAACAACAGCCAUCGAAGGAAAAAAUUGAAAACACCAAAUUCUGCUUGUCCCUGGUAGGGAAAGGUUGGACAGAAAAAUCCACGAAUCCGGAUGAUAAAUUCAAGGGACCCCCUCAAAAAGGAAUUAUUGUACAAGUGAAGGGGACUAAUCCUGUAUAUGGGAUAACUUCUAAAUGUAUGGUUUUGGCUUCGAUCAAAAUUCUUACAGAGCAAUUCAACCUGCCUAAGAGGGGAGGGGUAUUUUCUCCUGCAGCUGUAUUUGCCGAAACUUCUUUGAUGGACGAACUCAUUGAAAACGGAGUCGCUUUUGAAUUACUUAAAGAAUUCAACAUCACCAGUUAAAUAUGAUAUCUGAAUAAGUAUCACAGAAUUAGGUAAAUUCAAUUUUUUUUUAUUGAAAUGAAAGACUGAAAGGCAAAUGUCGAGUGUUUGAGAAACCAUAUUGAAUUCACCGAUACAAAAGUCAAUAGAGGUAUAAUUCAGAAGAACUUAAUUUCACCGCAACACAUAUUGCUUGUUAAGCUUAUGCUCAAAAAGAUUACAUGACUGCUUAUAGCGAAAUAAACUUUGAAAAUAA